AUGACACGGCAACUCCCUCAACUAUCUCGUCAUGUCGACGCCCAGGGUAGCGGAUCCAGUCAACCUGUUCGCACCAAUACCGCCUACACUGUGAAGGAAGCGCCGUUCGGGACUCCGCAACCCAUUCGCAUUGUCGGGAUCGGCGCCGGUGCAAGCGGCAUCAACCUGAUACGCACCCUGAGAAACACCCUCGGUCCCUCGACGUACGAGCUUGUGGUCUAUGAGAAGAACGAGAAUGUCGGGGGUACCUGGUUCGAGAACCGGUACCCUGGGUGCAAGUGCGACGUGCCUAGCCACAACUACCAGUUCAGCUGGAGACCGAAUCCGGCCUGGUCGAGCUUCUUUGCCCCCGCGGCAGAGAUUGAGGACUACCUUUGCCAAAUAUGUGACGACGAGAAGCUGCGGCCCUUUAUCAAGACUUCGCACCAGAUCAUCGGCGCGGCUUGGUCGGAGUCCAAGGCCGUGUGGGAGUUGCAGAUCAAGAACUUGGGGACUGGCGCCGUCUUUGAAGAUUAUGCCAACUUUUUCAUUGACGCAACUGGUAUCUUGAAUAAAUGGAGAUUCCCGGACGUGGAAGACAUCGCGGUUUUCGAGGGUACCCUAAUUCACAGCGCAAACUGGCCUAAGAACUUUGACUAUACAAACAAGACGGUAGCGGUCAUUGGGAAUGGUGCGUCCGGCGUCCAGAUCGUCCCAGCAAUGAGACCACACGUGAAGAAGCUACAUCACGUCAUCCGGACGCCCACCUUGAUUAUCCCUCCUCGAGUUGCCACAAUGAAGAUGGGGCCUUCAGCAGCUCUCCUGGACCAAAUUGAGAUGGACGAGAACGAGCGAUUCUCAGCGGCGACGAUUGAAAAGUUCAAAAAUGACCAGGCCUUCUACAACAAGUUUACUAAGACUCUCGAGAUGGACUCCAACAUCAAGUUCGCCAUCUCUCUCAUUGCGGGAAGCCCUCAACAGGCUUGGGCGCUGGGAAAGACUAAAGAAUUCAUGACUGCGAUGCUCAAGGGAAAUGAGAAGCUCUGCAAGCAGCUGAUACCCGACUUUCCCCUCGGGUGUAAGCGACUCACUCCCGCCCCUGGAUAUCUCGAAUCGUUCCACGAUCCCCGGGUCUCCCUUCACACCGACGCCAUCAAGAGGUUUGUGCCGCAAGGCAUAGAACUGGCCACUGGGGAGAUCCUCGAAGUCGACGUUGUCGUCUGUGCCACUGGCUUCGACUCAUCGUUCCUCCCCUCGUUCCCGUUAGUCGGUCGACACGGCAACUUGCAGGACAUCUGGUCCGAGCAAACUCCUAAAGCAUACAUGUCCCUUGCUGUUGCUGGUCUGCCAAACUUCUUCAAGUUCCUGGGGCCCAAUGCGCCUGUUGUGCAGGGUGAUGUCUUUACGCUAAGCGAGCACAUUGCCACUUACAUCGCCAAUACUAUCCUCAAAUGCCAGACAGAAGGCGUGCGGACUAUCGCCCCGUCUGAAGCGGCCGUGGAGGACUAUUUUGAGCACAUCUCAGCCAUCAUGCCUCGCACAGUCUUUGCGGGCGGAUGCAGAUCUUGGUAUAAGCAAGGCGAGGUCAACGGCCCUGUGACAGGUCUGUAUCCCGGGAGCCGUAUGCACUUCAUCCGCUUGCUGGAGCGAUUUAGGGGCGAGGACUGGGAGUACACGUAUGAGAAUUCGAAGCAGAACCGAUUCGCAUACUUGGGCAACGGGUUCACGGCGCCAGAGAUGGCGAUGCUCAAGGCUGGAGCGCCGCCUUCAUGA